CUACAUCUUCUGUCUUCACUUCUGUUCCACAUCUCUCUCUCUCUCUGACACACACACACACACCCACCCACAAAGUUCAAUCUGCACUUAGUACAGUUAACCCUAAAAGAAGGAUCGUAAUAGGAAUAGUUGCAAGACAAGAUGGUAAGAGCACCUUGUUGUGACAAAAAUGGCCAGAAAAAAGGGCCCUGGACCCCAGAAGAGGAUCAGAAGCUGCUUGAUUACAUUCAGAAAAAUGGGUAUGGAAAUUGGAGGACACUUCCCAAGAAUGCUGGGCUCCAAAGGUGUGGAAAGAGUUGCCGUCUUCGUUGGACUAACUAUCUCAGGCCCGACAUCAAGAGAGGUAGAUUUUCUUUUGAAGAGGAGGAGACAAUCAUUCAACUUCACAGUAUAGUGGGGAACAAGUGGUCUGCCAUUGCUGCUCGCUUGCCGGGAAGAACCGACAAUGAAAUCAAGAACUAUUGGAACACCCACAUUAGGAAAAGGCUUCUGAGAAUGGGAAUUGAUCCUGUGACUCACAGUCCUCGCCUUGAUCUGCUUGAUCUUUCCUCUAUUUUAAACACAUCUCUCUACAAUUCAUCUCAAAUGAACAUUUCAAGGUUGUUGGGUGUCCAAUUCCAACCCCAAGUUAACCCAGAACUGCUAAGACUAGCCUCCUCUCUCUUCUCAUCCGACCGUGAAAAUUCAAACCUUUUUCCACAAAAUGUUCAACAAAAUCAGAUCUGUAACCCUGAUCUAGUCCAAAGCCAAUUGCCACCAUUAGUCCAACAUGGUCAUCUUCAAAACUCGGACCAAGAAAUCCUACCUUGUACAGCGUCGAACACUGCUUAUGUUUCAUUUUCUGAUGAAACGCAAUUCAUGCAACCCAAUGUAGAGCAAUUCUCUUCAAGUUUUACCAACUUUAAUCCCCAAAGUUACCAACUAAAUGAGUGGGAAAGCAGUGGAAUUUCAUCUUUUGUGACAGAAAAUGAAGAUUAUGGAGCUGUACAACAAGACUACAGUUUCUACACUUCUGAUCAAUCCACUGUUGAUCAUCUUCCAUCUGAGAACUCGACUUUUCAAUCCAACAACAGCAACAAUUUCAGCUUCCAAUCUGUUUUGUCUACUCCUUCAUCAAGUCCGGCACCAUUGAAUUCGAACUCGACGUGUAUCAACAGUUGCAGCAAUAAUGAAGAUGAGAGAGAAAGCUAUUGCAGCAACAUGAUGAAGUUUGAAAUUCCAAGUGUCUUUGAUGUUAAUGAAUUCUUGUAAAUUAUCAAAAACCCAACUGAUCGAUCAGAGGUUUUUAAAUUUGUUGUUUAUUGUACUGUUGUUAUGAUUUUGUUUCCAAUUCCUAAGGUUUACUACAUA